AUGGAUGAAGGCCUUGAUGAUGUUGUGUUGCAUGUACAAAGUGGUGGCUCAUACAGUCCCAUGCAGUUGAAUUCCUCGCCGGUGGAGUUUGAGUGUGAUAAUUUCAUUGGAAGGUGCAUGCUUUUGCAUAGGCCAGCUUGGAGCUACGAUGGAGAGGACUUGGCACACUACCCUUACAAGGAGCACUUCCAUGGCCGCAAGCGAUUGUGGGAGUGGAGAAUACAAGGGAGGUUCAAGAGAAGGCCUGGGCAUUUGUACUGUGGCGUCGAGCUGGAGAAGUAUGUGCCAGUGAACUUUGCCACACGUACCAUGAUGCGAGGCAUCAUUCCUCUUGUACAGGGUGCGUUGCAAUGCAAGCAGAUUAGACAUGAGAUUGGAAAGGAAGAUGAUCCGUCGCUCAGGCCGACCGUGGUAGCUCCUAUAUGGGCUGCUGACAACACCCUUGUGCACGAGGACCCGAGUGCUGCUCCCAAUAUUGCAGACAUCAGUUUGCCAUCUGGCUACAGUCGCAAGGCUGCCCGGCACUUUUGGGAUGAGGUCUGGAAUGGUGGUGGGCCGACUUUCGCAUCUCCUGGUGGGCCAGUCUUCACCUUUGCAAUCUGGGGGCCAGCGCAACUCUUGGACUUGCGAGCGUGGAGUUUGCGCAAAUUACCACUGAUGUGGAGUCGUACUUUGUCGCUGGAUCCAUUCGUUGGGAAGCAGCCCGUACAUGCAGUGAUCUACGAGACGCAGGGGGCAGAAGAACAUCAUCAGUCUCAAAAGGUCUAUGUCAUGGACGUCCGGGUAAUGCCAAAGGCUCUAUGGUCCAGCUACACGCUGGGUGAGGAUACACUUGAUGCCUCCAGCGCCAUGUGUCUGGACGCAGUGGAUUGUGAGAACCCCAUGAUAAAGCGUUCACCUUCCUCCGAUUCUUUUUGCUCUGCCCUGUCCGAAAUGGAGGAUAUAGAGGACGGUCAUGGACUGCUUUCUCCAGCUUCUGACCUUCCAAGACCUUUGGUCAGGCAGAACAGUGGUGAUGUUCGCUGGAGAUUCGACUUUCGCAUGUGUUGCAGGCGGAGGAGAAGGAACAACUUCUUGCUGGACUAG